GCUUUUCAUGCGAAUAAUGCCAUUUCUAAAGAUGACACAACGCCUAUUGUAGUAGUAAUUCCUGGCUUAACAAGUGAUUCUACUUCUGCUGUUAUUGAAAGAGGGGGACAUUGAUCAGGAUCAACAGAAGAGCCAAAUCCAAACCAUAUUAGACAGGAUCAUUUCUUAUGUCUUCUAUGAGUGGGAAAUAUGGGACCAUUCCUUUGCAAACAGUCAGAAAAAUUGAGAGAUAACUGAAAGGGUGCCAAAGAUACUGCUGAGAAUUUGAAAGCCUGUUGAGAAAUCCAAGGAAAGGAAGACCACUUUGAGGAAAGCCAAAAUUACAAAUGAAAAAAGUACAAACAAGAAUCAGAAAGAUCUACAUGGAGCCUGGUUCUUUCCCAAAGUACAGAGGUUGAGAUCAGUUCUUUCACAAGUUCAAGGACGACAUAUUGGCAUUGAUUCAGAGGCUGAGGGAAGGGGCUUGAUUGACCUUUCCAGAGGAGGUCUUCACCAAAGUUUUCAAAGGCGUUUGUGAGGCGCGCCUUGAGGCGCGCACUGAGGCGAGGCGCGGCGAAAACGCCCUGAGGCGUUAAAAAUAAAACGAAAUGCUUGAAAGGCGUACGCUUUUCCGGUGAGGCGUGAUUGAGGCGCGCUUUGAUCGCGCCUUUCACGCUCCAAGAAGAAGGCGUACGCUUCGUCGGAUUUGACGUGGCAAUGAACAGAGAGUUAAAAAAAGCCCUAAGUAAGCCCUAAAACCCGACUCUCGACUGAAAACAAGCCCAAAACGAAACCCUACCUCCAACGACUCAAGCGGCGACGGAGUGCUCACCCCUCGGCGGCGACCAAUCGCAGUGCGUCUUCUCCGGCAGCCGGCGGCGAUCACUCUCGUACAUCUCCAGAAUGAGUUCCUCCGAUUCGAAAAAUUCAAGAAAAGAUUUUGUGUGGAAGUAUGUCAUUGAAGUUUCUGGAGAGCAAUACUUAAGAUGUAAAUUUUGCAAUCAAAGAUGUACGGGAGGGGUGAAUAGAUUAAAACAUCACUUAGCCGGAACUCAUCAUGGUAUGAAACCAUGCAGCAAAGUUAGUGAAGAUGCUAGAUUGGAAUGCAAAGAGGCAUUGGCCAAUUUUAAGGAUCAAAAAACAAAGAGAAAUGAAUUGCUCCAAGAAAUUGGUAUGGGUCCAACUUCAAUGCAUGAGAGUGCCUUGUCUAAAACAAUAGGGACAUUAGGGAGUGGGAGUGGGAGUGGGAGUGUAAGUGGGAGUGGGGAACCUAUUCCUAGGGGACCCAUGGAUAAAUUUACCACUUCACAACCUAGACAAAGUACUUUGAAUUCAAAGUGGAAGCAAGAAGAAAGGAAGGAAGUGUGUAGAAAAAUUGGUAGAUUUAUAUAUUCAAAAGGUCUCCCAUUCAACACUGUGAAUGAUCCUUAUUGGUUUCCUAUGAUAGAUGCUGUUGCAAACUUUGGGCUCGGGUUUAAGCCUCCAUCUAUGCACGAAUUGAGGACAUGGAUUCUUAAAGAAGAGGUGAAUGACCUAAGUAUCAUUAUGGAAGAUCACAAAAAAGCUUGGAAACAAUAUGGAUGUUCAAUUAUGUCAGAUGGUUGGACAGAUGGAAAAAGUAGGUGUCUUAUCAAUUUUUUGGUGAAUAGUCCUGCUGGCACUUGGUUUAUGAAAUCAAUUGAUGCUUCUGAUACAAUAAAAAAUGGGGAAUUGAUGUUCAAAUAUCUUGAUGAGGUGGUUGAAGAAAUUGGAGAGGAGAAUGUUGUGCAAGUCAUCACUGAUAAUGCCUCUAAUUAUGUGAAUGCUGGAAUGAGGCUUAUGGAAAAAAGGAGUAGAUUGUGGUGGACUCCUUGUGCUGCUCAUUGCAUUGAUUUGAUGUUGGAGGAUAUUGGAAAGCUAAAUGUUCAUGCUACUACACUUUCUCGAGCUAGGCAAGUUGUGAAGUUUAUAUAUGGGCAUACUUGGGUUCUUAGCUUGAUGAGAACAUUUACAAAAAAUCAUGAACUUAUUCGUCCAGCAAUUACACGGUUUGCUACUGCAUUUCUUACUCUCCAAAGUAUUUAUAAGCAAAAGCAAGCUCUUAUAGCAAUGUUCUCCUCAGAAAAAUGGUGUUCAAGCACAUGGGCUAAAAAGGUAGAAGGUGUGAAAACUCGAAGUACAGUGUUGUUUGAUCCAAAUUUUUGGCCUCAUGUUGCUUUUUGCAUAAAGACCACUGUUCCAUUAGUUAGUGUCUUGAGAGAGGUUGAUUCAGAGGAAAGACCAGCCAUGGGUUAUAUUUAUGAGUUGAUGGAUUCAGCUAAGGAGAAGAUUGCAUUUAAUUGUGGGGGCAUGGAGAGAAAAUAUGGCCCAAUUUGGAGAAAAAUUGAUGCAAGAUGGACUCCGCAACUUCAUCGACCUUUACAUGCAGCAGGCUAUUAUCUUAAUCCUCAAUUGCGGUAUGGAGAUAAGUUCUCUAAUGUUGAUGAGGUGAGGAAGGGAUUAUUUGAAUGCAUGGAUAGGAUGUUGGAUUAUCAAGAACGUUUAAAAGCUGACAUUCAGUUGGACUCAUAUGACCAAGCAAUGGGUGAAUUUGGGAGUCGUAUUGCAAUUGAUUCUCGAACAUUAAGAAGUCCUACAAGUUGGUGGAUGCGUUUUGGGGGUUCAACACCGGAUUUGCAAAAGUUUGCUAUUCGAGUCCUUAGCCUUACUUGUAGUGCUUCGGGAUGUGAAAGAAAUUGGAGCACAUUUGAAUCGAUCCAUACAAAAAAAAGAAAUAGACUUGAACAUCAAAGGUUGAAUGCUCUAGUGUAUGUAAGGUACAACACUAGAUUGAGAGAGCGAAGUCUACAAAGGAAACAAAAUGUUGAUCCAAUCUUGGUAGAGGAGAUUGAUUCUGAUGAUGAAUGGAUUGCGGAGAAAGAAGAUCCCCUCCUCCCCCUUGAUCUUUGUUGGCUUCAAGAUAAUGAAUUAUUCAAUGUUGAUGCCAUUAGAGUUGUGUCAUCCAACUCCCAAGAGACGCAAGCAUCAUCGGAUCAUAUGGUUUCUUCACAUUCCUACAAAAGGAAACAUAAUGAAGUACCAAGUACAAGUGGAGGCAAAGGCAAAGAGAAGGAAUUGAAUUUGACACCAAUUGAUGAAGAUGAAGAUUUAGAUGAAAUGGGGAUACAUGAUAGUGGACAUUUUCCUACUAUUGAUACAUUGGAUGAGGAUGAUGAUGACCUUGGAGAGGAGGAUUUAAGUUGAAACAAUUUACUCUAGUUGUUAUUUCAUGACUUAGUUAUGGAUUUUUUGUAAAAGUUUAGAACUAUUAUUAUGGUUGACUCUAUUUUCUAUUUCAUGACUUAGUUUUGGCUUUUUGUUAAAGUUUGAAACUAUUAGUAUAGUUGAAUCUAUAAUCUAUUUUAUGAA